AUGGAAGCACGGUUCUUUGGAGUACGGACGCGAUUGUCGGAAGGUCUUUGUUGGAGAGGGAGUUUUUUGUGUGUAGUGGUGAAGUGUUGCCGAGAGGCGGAGGCUAAGAAAGAUCCGUCGUCGUCGGCUUCUCUGCGGGAGGUGGGUGCUUACUCAGAUCCACCGUCGUCGCUUCAGUCUCCGGGAAGGGAAGCUUCCGUCAGCUUCGCCGUCGCCGGCUUUUGGUCGCGGAGAGGGGAGGCUUUCAAAGCUCCUCGCUGCCGUCUAGGGUUUGAAGGUCUGCAGAGUCGGAGGAGAUCUCGGUGUAUUACCGAUGGAACUCGCCGGCGGGAAGACAAGGCGUUUGAAGAACGAUUUAAGGUUUCGGUUGGAGGCUUGUCGGUUUCCAAGCUCCGACGAAAGUUGCUCCUAUGCGGCGAGGCGGAUGCGAGAAAGUUGAGGCAGUUGAGACGCGUGCCGUGUGAACGAUCAAGAUCUCUCCACGUGUCGGUCUCCUUGUCUUGUUCCGUUUAG